AAGGUUCGGGCGGCGGGCUCGAAUAAGUGAGAAGACGGUGUGUUCGGUUUAAUACUAUGAUUUAUUAUAUAGAACAACUCCUACGCUAAUAUGUACAAUGCCCUAAGCUACUAUAUACAAUGGGUGGUCUCGCAAUGCGAGAUGUUCGUGUGUCGUGUGCUGCCGACUAUGUCGCGGCAUGCGCUCGUGUGCUUGCGCGUGAUCGGUGCCCUGAUUGGCUAUGGCGGCGGUGCGUACGAUCGGUGUCGGUGUGGUGCCUCGGUUGGCUACGGCGGCGUGCGUGCCGGUCGGUCGGCGCGGCGAUUGGCGGCGGAUGCGGUAUCGGCGGUUGCGGUACGGUGGUACGUUGUGGCCUUAAGGCCUGACGCUAGCGGUGACCAGCCUGGGCUGCGUUCAGAAACUUUUGCCCAGGUCUUUAACAUCGGGUUACUGUCGUUUAUGAACGACGAAAGUAACAUCACGGGUUAACAUGGCGCUCUCCCAUCAAG